AUGAGACGUCUUUGCCUCGCAGCACUGGCGCUGCUCGCAGCUACUACCCCGGCGGCAGCAUCACCACCACAAACACCACAAAGAGCUACUGCUCCUGCUCGUCCUCCUGCUCGUGCUGCGUCUCCUAGCGUAACGGAAGGGCAUGACGAAGGAGCAGCAGCGACAGGAGCAGUAGCAGAAAUCGUUUCUCGUGAGCACGGGGAAGAUUGCGGUACUUGGGGUUGCUCUGAUCUCCGCGUGCGCAAUGGGUUGCUGCGGCGGCUGCAGCGGCGUGCAGCUACUACUGCUAUCGGUGCAGUUGCUAUUGCUGCAGUAGCUGCUAUAUUUUAUCUAAUGCUGCGCUGCAGCCACAUCCUGCGGCACUCACGGGCAGCAGGCAGCUCCCGUCGCUCGCUGGCGGCAGCAGGGUCUGAACAGUCGUCUGAGCCUACAGGUGAAGAAGCAGGAGCAGAAGGAGGAGAACCUCAAAAAGAAGAAGAACCUGAAGAAGAAGAGCUUGAAUUGUGCUUCUCCAAUAUACCUGGUUCCACGUGGGGGUUAGAAGAAGAGACUGAAUCUGCUAUUGUAACACACCUGGAUAGAUUAACUCUUCCUCCUGGUACUCGCAUGCAAGAAAAGGAUGAAGAGAAGAUAAGCACUGCGCGGAAGAAUCUAAAAGCCCUUGUUGAUACAGCACGCGCAAAAUAUGAACUUGUACUCGGGUUUAGAGCCAGCAUGGAGGACGACAUAGGUAAGCUGGAUUCCAUGGCGCGACACCUACCCAGGGGGGUUUCCCUCACACGUGAAAUGCAGCAGAUGGGAGAAGAUAUACAAUCUGACCGCGCGAGGCUGAAGCUGUGGGAGGAGGAAAUGUCGGUGCUACAGGAGAUGCUCCGGAGAGUAGCGUCAGCUACAGUGCAAGAGAAAGAGAGCAGAGAGUCUUUAGGUCAGCGAAUUAAGCAUGGUUUGCCCUUCACAAGAUCUGCUUCAGUUGGUGCAUCCGUUGCAACAGCAGAGGUGGUUCUUGAGGCCUUCAGCUCAAGCUACGUCCAAGCCCCAGCGCCCAGAAGGGGCCGCAGCAGGAGCAGCGGCAAGCAUGGUAGCAGGAGUCGCAGCAAGAGUCGCCACAAGAAAUCCAAGAAAGGCGAAAAAGAUGAAUGGGACACAGGUACAGAAGGAUCGCAGGGAGGGACAUUGCCGCAAGUGGAAGAGAUAGGCCCCGUUGACAUUCCGGAGCGGCUGCGGCUAGGGCACCAGAUGGCUGCAUUGCAAGAGAUGCAGCGGCAUGCGGAGCUCUUACAGACACUGCAGCGGCGGAUGGAGGAGGCGCAGCAGCAGGAAUUAGAGCAGGCGGUGCAGAAGCAUCGACAGAGGGCGGCGCCGCAGCAGCAACAGGAAGCGGCGCAGCAGCAGCAAGAGGAGGCGGCGCAGCAGCAGCAACAGAGGGCGGCGCUGCAGCAGCAACAGGAGGCGGCGCAGCAGCAGCAACAGGAAGCGGCGCAGCAGCAGCAACAGAGGGCGGCGCUGCAGCAGCAACAGGAGGCGGCGCAGCAGCAGCAACGGAGGGCGGCUUUGCAGCAGCAACAGAGGGCGGCGCUGCAGCAGCAACAGGAGGCGGCGCGGCAGCAGCAACAGAGGGCGGCGCUGCAGCAGCAGCGAGAGCAGGUGCAGCGCUCGGGUGUUGGUGGCCAGCGGCAUAAGCUGAGUCGGCAGGAGGUUGUGGCACUGGUGAUGGGGCUGCCAAGGCCACAACAGCCGCAGCAACAACGGCCGCCGCAACAGCAGCAGCAACAACAACAGCCGCAGCGACCGCAGCCGCAGCGACCGCAGCCGCAGCGACCGCCGCUGCAGCAACCGCAGCCGCUGCGACCGCCGCCGCCGCAACCGCAGCCGCUGCGACUGCAGCCGCAGCUACAUCCCCAGCAGCCACCGCAGCCGCAGCGACCACUGUCGCAACAGCAGCAGCAGCAGCUGCUGCUUCAGCAGCGGCCGAGACACAGCGGUACUGGUGCGGGCCAGCAGGGUGGAGGCGGUCCAGUUGGUGGAACAAGCAGUGGCCCAGCCAAACAAAGGGCAGUGCGGGGGAGAAGCGGAGCCAAGGUGCCCAUUCUGAGCCUUAUUAAAGAAGAUCCAGAUGAAGAUGACAACAGAGAAAGUAUGAAGCAGCAACAGCAGCAGCGGCAGCCGUUACAAGAGGAAGAGGAGGAUGAGGAGGAAGAGGAGGGAAGGGAAGAAGAGCAGGAUACUCAGGAAGAGGACGAGGGACAGCUGCAGCAGCCGCAGCAGGAGGAAGGGGAGCAGCAAGUGGAGGAGGAGGAGCAGCGGCCGCAGGAGGAGGGGGAGCAGCAAGAGGAGGAGGAGGAGCAACAGGAGGAGCAGCAGCAGCCGCAGGAGGAGGCGCAGCAGGCUCCAGAGGAGGCGCAUCAGCCGCAGGAGGAGGAGCCGCAGCAGGAGCAGGAGCCGCAGGAGCAGGCAGGGCAGGAAGGACAACGACCGGAGCAGCAGGCGGACGCGCAGCAGCCGCAGGUGGAGGUGCAGCAGGCGCAGGCGGUGGUGCAGCAGCUGCAGGCGGAGGCGCAGCAGCCACAGCAGGAGGAGCAGCAGCCGCAGGAGGAGCCGCAGCAGGAGGACGAGCCGCAGCAGGAGGAAGGGCAGGAAGGACAACGACCGGAGCAGCAGGCGGACGCGCAGCAGCCGCAGGGGGAGGCUCAGCAGCCGCAGGCGGAAGCGCAGCAGCCACCGCAGGAGGAGCAGCAGCCACAGCAGGAGGAGCCGCAGCAGGAGGAAGGGCACGAAGGACAACGACCAGAGCAGCAGGCGGGGCAGCAGCCGCAGGGGGAGGCGCAGCAGCCGCAGGUGGAGGUGCAGCAGCCGCGGGCGGAAGCGCAGCAGCCACAGGAGGAGGAGCAGCAGCCGCAGGAGGAGGAGCCGCAGCAGCAGGAAGGGCAAGAAGGACAACGACCAGAGCAGCAGGCGGGGCAGCAGCCGCAGGGGGAGGCGCAGCAGCCGCAGGCGGAGCAGCUGCAGCAGCAGGAAGGGCAGGAAGGGCAACGAACAGAGUACAGGAGGAGCAGCACUGGCGGCAGAAGCACCAGGAGCACCAUGAACAGCAGCAGCGACAGGAGCAGCAGCAGCACGAGCAGCAGCGGCAGCAGUAGGGCCAACAGCAGCAAGCGCACGAUAAGCGCAGCAGCAGCAGCAGGGGGCGCAGCGGCAGCAGGACGCGCAGGGCCAGCCACAGCAGCAGCAGGAGUCGGUGCAACAACAGCAGGAGCAAGAGCCGCCGCCGCAGCAGCAGCAGCGUCUGUGGCAUCAGGAGACCAAAGGGCAUUCAUUUAUGUCUGCGUCUGCGAUGCUGGCUGCGGCAGCUGCAACACAGUGCUGCAGCUUCUGCAGCUGUCUGAUGCUGCUGCUGCAUUUGUUGCUGCCCUCAAAGCAGCGGCGUCCCUUGAGAGACCGGCAGCUGAAGCAGGCCGUCGGCGGCUGUCGUUUGGCGCUACACCCCGUGGGCCCUUUUCCACCGUGAUGCAGGUGCGCCGGCUGCAGGAGCGGGAGAAAGAGGCGACGAUUUUUUUCGUUUGCGUUUCGUUAGUUGUGUUAUGCGCAGCAACAUUUGCUGCUGCACAGGCAUUGCAGCACUCGUAUGAAGUGCAGCAAGUCCCCUACCAGUUUGAAGCGAAGGUCCCUGUGCCCCUCAGCAGCAGCAGCAUGACAACCAGCAGCACCACCCGCAAUGGCAUAACGAUCAGCAGCUGCACCAACAGAGGCAACAACAGCAGCAGCUACAACAGCAAACGCAGCAGCGGUAGUAGCAGCAGCAUGAACGACAACAACAAGGCCAUCACCAGACCGAGGCCUCUGGCAGUAGCGGGACUGAAGGCCUAG